AUGAAGUUCACUCUCGCCACCGUUGUUGCUCUCUUCGGCGCCUCUGCCAUCGCCGCCCCAACUCCUCAAGAUGACGGCGCCCCUUCCGAGAACAUUGAUAUCUCGAACCUUUCCGUUCGCAGACAAGAGAACGGCACGGUGACCCACGUCAGCUUCAAUCUCUCUGGCGACGAUGCACAGGGUCUCCUUUGCAGCGCCGAUACUGGCGUUCCCUCCAAUGUCAUCACCUGCGGCGAUUUCAAAUAUAGCUUCAGCGUCCAGAAGGGCAACGAGACCGACUACGCUCUGAGCAUCUACCACACGUUCGCCCCUGGCGUUGGUUACUGGGGCCAGGGUGAUGUCUUGACGUACUGCCAUGCCGGUGGUCUUGGUGACCUUCUCUGCGACCAGGUCAACCCUACGACGAUUGUCAUCAACAGCAACCCCCUUGCCGUCAACGCUUAA